CGCCCCUCAGCAGGCCCCUGGCCAGCCUGAGUCAAGAGGCCACGAAGAGAACUCCAGUGGGCGUGCCUCUCCUGGCCUGAGAGCCUGGAAGUGGAGCCAGGAGAAGGAGGAGGUAAAAAGGAUGGGAAGCAAGGAAGAUGUGGGCAAGGGGUGUCCGGCGGCCGGCGGCGGCGUCUCCAGCUUCACCAUCCAGUCCAUCCUGGGCGGGGGCCCCACCGAGGCGCCGCGGGAGCCCGCCGGCUGGCCGGCCCGGAAGCGCAGCCUGUCGGUGUCCUCGGAGGAGGAGGAGCCGGACGACGGCUGGAAGGCGCCCGCUUGCUUCUGCCCAGACCCGCACGGCCCCAAGGAGCCAGGCCCCAAGCACCACCACCCCCCUAUUCCUUUUCCUUGCCUGGGUCCCCCCAAGGGCGGCGGCGGCGCGGGGCCCGCGGGCUCGGAUCGCACGCCUUUCCUGUCUCCUUCGCACCCGGACUUUAAGGAAGAGAAAGAGCGGCUGUUGCCGGCGGGUUCGCCCUCGCCCGGGCCCGAGCGGCCCCGGGACGGCGCGGCCGCCGAGCGGCAGGCGGGCGCGGCCAAGAAGAAGACGCGGACGGUGUUCUCGCGCAGCCAGGUGUACCAGCUCGAGUCCACCUUCGACAUGAAGCGCUACCUGAGCAGCUCGGAGCGCGCCUGCCUGGCCUCCAGCCUGCAGCUCACCGAGACCCAGGUCAAGACUUGGUUCCAGAACCGCCGCAACAAGUGGAAGCGGCAGCUCUCGGCCGAGCUGGAGGCGGCCAACAUGGCGCACGCGUCGGCGCAGACUCUGGUGGGCAUGCCGCUGGUGUUCCGGGACAGCUCGCUGCUGCGCGUGCCCGUGCCGCGCUCCCUCGCCUUCCCCGCGCCCCUCUACUACCCGGGCAGCAACCUCUCGGCCUUACCGCUCUACAACCUCUACAACAAGCUGGACUACUGACCCGCCCCGCCGGGCCCCGCGGGCGCCCGCUCCCCGUGCGCCCCGCCGCCGCUUCCAGCUGCCCUCCCUCUCCACCCCUGCCUGCCGCGGAUCCGGGCGGGCGGGGAGAGGGGGUCGGGUGCGGGCGCGGGCUGCACCUGUCCACGGUGCUCCGGAGCCAAGCGGCGUGUUUCCAGAAAUCUUAAGAAAUACACCAUGUGUAUUCGUUCAUUUAUCUCUUA